CUAUGGAAUGAAAUAUGGCAGAGGAGGCAAACAUGGACGACCGAAGUUAGGACUCCAGAGAGACCAGCAAAACUUUUUAAAAAGUGGAUGCUGGCGUACUCUCGUCCAUUUACGCUUAUUUCAUACCAUUUUCUUUUUUGUUAUUUUGAGGAAUCACAAAAAACCUUUGUAAUGCAUUAAAUAUUUAUUUUUUACUGGAGAAAAGGAAGGGGGGUCUGGCAUCCGCGAGAACCCCCUCAAUAUCCCGAACGCUAUGCCGUGGGUGAGCAGCAGUAAGCGGAGAGAAAGCUCGGAGCUGCCGCUGCCCGCAGGCUGGGAAGAAGCUCGGGAUUACGAUGGCAGAGUGUUUUACAUUGAUCAUAACACCCGACAAACUUCAUGGAUAGACCCGAGAGACAGGAUCACCAAACCCCUGACAUUUGCCGACUGUGUUGGUGAUGAGCUGCCUUUAGGAUGGGAAGUGGUUUAUGACCAGCAGGUGGGGGUUUACUACAUCGACCACAUCAACAAGACCACCCAGAUCGAGAACCCGCGGACGCGAUGGCGCCAGGAGCAGGAGCGCAUGCUGAAGGAGUACCUGGUGGUGGCGGAGGAGGCGCUCAACGCCAAGAAGGAGAUGUACCUGAUAAAGCAGCAGCGUCUGGAGCUGGCACAGAAAGAGUUCCUGCUCUUCCACGAGCUCGGCGAGGAGGACGGUCGCUCCGUCAGCAGCACAUUCUCUGGCUCCACUUCAAAUGCAAAAUAUGACCCUGACCAAAUAAAAGCGGAAAUCGCCAGUAGGCGGGAGAGGGUCUCCACGUUGAAGCAGGAGCUGGCCCAAGUGAAGCAGGAACUGCACUACAAGGAAAUGGGAGUGGAGACCCUACAGGAGAUCGACAGGAAGAUGUCCUGCAGUCAGACCAGUUACAAGCUGGACGAGGCCCAGGCCAUCUUCAACGAGCUGCGCAGCAUCAAGAAAUCCAUCAGCACAGGCGAGAGGGAGAGGCAGGACCUCAUCCAGAGCCUGGCUAAGCUGACGGUGAACUUCAGCGACUCCCUGCACGACCCCGCUGGCACCCCCGGAGCACUGGGGGAGCCCUGCCUGCUGCAGUGUUACCGGGACACGGGCUGCCAGACGGACAUCAUGGGAGAGCUUUAUUCUCAAGAUUCCUCGCCACUGGUGGACAAAGUGAGACUGAACUGGCAGUAUGAAGAAGCCAAAAAAAAGGUGUCCAGCAUCCAGCACCAGCUGGCGCAGAUGGAGAGCGAGAGCUGGCCGGGCCGAGCCGAGGCGGACCGGGACCGGGACUGUCUGCAGCUGCUGCGUGAGAAGGAGGCUCUGCUGCAGGAGAUAACCCUCCUCAGCCAGCAGCAGUGCCCCCUGGAGUCUCUCCUCCAGCUGGAGGACGAACGGCAGAGGCUCGAGGAAGAGGUGCAGAGGGCCCACGCUGUCCAGAGCCAGGGGGCCAGCCAAAGGAUUCUGCAGCAGGAGAAGAGGAACGUGCUCCUGAGGCAGCUGGAGGAGGCGACGCGCAUCACCACCUACCUUCACUCCCAGCUGAAGAGCCUGUCGGCCAGUAAUCUCACCGUGUCGUCCGGAAGCAGCCGCGGCUCCUUGGCCUCCAGCCGCGGCUCCUUGGCCUCCAGCCGGGGUUCCCUCAGCUCCGUCAGCUUCAGCGACAUCUACGGGGUGCCCCCGUACGAGCGCCCCGAGUGCGCGGGGGACCCCGACCCGCACCUGCGCUACCUGCUGCCUCCCGAGGCCCUGUCCCGGGGCGCGCCGGGGUACGGCGCCGAGCCCCUGAGUCUGGGCAAGGCCAAGCGGUGCCAGGACACGCCGCAGUCCCUGGCCUCGCUCUCCUCCCGCUCCUCGCUCUCCUCCCUGUCGCCGCCCAGCUCCCCCAUGGACACGCCCUACCACUCCGCCUCCCAGGACUGCCCCCUCACCCAGAUGACGGAGGAGUACAUGGAGCUGGCGGGGCGGGGCAUCCUGGAGGGCCUCAGGGGCCCCGUCCAGGCGCCUGCCCAUGCCCCCGUGCCCGGCGACGUGGGCUCGGGGGCCCCCGCGGCUGCUCACCUGCUUGAAGGAAAGAACCAGAGGGACGGUGGCCCCCAGGGGCCACUCAGCAUGGCAGGCGUCACCCUACGCUGUAACAGUGCGAAUCGGACAGGCCGCAGGACCAGGAGGAUGUCAGCAGGCUUGUCAGAUGAUGCUCUGGCCACAGACAGUGGGGUCUUUGAAGCCUGGAGCAAAAGAGCGGAGGACAUCGAGGAGGUGUCGUACGCCAACGACGUCUCUGUGGUGGAGCCUCCCCUGAUCCAGCUGGGCCUCCUGUAUGACGGCAGCAGCGAGUGCCUCCUCCUGCACCUCCUGCAGCUGAGCAACUUAAACGGGGCCGUGGUGAAGGACGGGCGCCGAGUGUACGUGAAGGCGCACCUGGUGCCGGUGGAGGUGGGCCGCGCCUGCCCCUGCUACUGCAGCAGGGCCCUGGAGCCCCAGGCCACGCUCGGCUUUAACGAGGGCUUCCGCGUGCCCCUCCCGCCCGCCGCGCUGGCCCUGCGCAGCCUGCAGCUCUCGCUCUGCGCCCUGGGGCCCCCGGAGCACGAGGACCUGCUGGGAGUGGUGCAGGUGGCGCUGGCUGACUGUGAGGGCAGCUCAGAGAUGGCGGUGCAGUGGCACAGGCUGCAGAUGCUGGGCGGGGCGGAGCUGCAGAGGGCGGAGCCGGGCCGGGUCUCCGAGGGCAACCUGGCCACCCUGCCCGACAGGGCCGGGGAGGACACCAACACCAGGGAGGACUCCGUGUCUGCUCUGCUGUCCUGUGCCGCUCCACGGCUGCAGAGGGGCAAGCUGGAGCUGAGCGAGGAUGAGCUGCAGGAGCUGGAGCAGAAGGAGGAGCAGGGCGAGGCCAUAUCCGAGAGGAGCUGGCAGGCGGAGUCUGUGGACAGCGGCUGCAGCAACAGCACGGCCUUCGUCACGCCCUGUCCGGAGGGCCUGUGCGUGGAGGGCAUCUGCUCCGCCACCGGGGGGCGCUGCGGACGGCCCGGCAGCAAAACUCCCGCCGUGAAGGUGGAUAAGGAGACCAACACGGAGGGCCCUUUCCCUGAGCCAAUCACGGUGCGACCCAAGGAGAGGGGCGGGCGCUGGGGCCACGCCCCCCCUUUUGUGCGCAGCAGCACCAUCGUGCGCUCCCAGACCUUCUCCCCUGGAGCCCGGAGCCAGUACGUCUGCAGGUUGUACCGCAGUGACAGCGAUAGCUCAACUUUACCAAAAAAGUCGCCGUUCGUCAGGAAUACGCUAGAAAGGAGGACUCUUCGAUACAAACAGCAGUCGUGCAGGGCCUCUCUUGCGGAGCAGUCCACGCGCACGUCUCUGGAUCUGGAGCUGGAUCUCCAGGCCUCCAGGACGCGGCAGCGGCAGCUGAACGAGGAGCUGGGCGCCCUGCGGGAGCUCAAGGUGCAGCUGGAGGAGGCGCACGGCCGCGACGCUGCAGAGCUCCCCCUGUGGGCCCUGAGAGACGAGCGCUUCCGCAGCCUGCUGCGAGAGGCAGAGAGACAGGCCCGGCAGAGCAAGCUGGAGCAGCGGCAGGAGGAGGCGGUGGAGAGGAGGCUGAGGAAGGCAUCCAAAGAGAUCCAGCAGAUGAGGGGGCAGAGCCAGAAGGAGCCACUCCCAGUGCAGACCUUCAGAGAGAAAAUGGCUUUUUUCACAAGGCCAAGAUUCAACAUACCUGCCCUGCCUGCCGAUGACGUGUGAGAGGGCCCGGGCUCUGAGGUCACCUGUUCGCAUAUGAAGUAUUCUGUCUUGUCUUUUUGUGUUCCAACUCCAUGAAGUAAUUGUUACAAGAACUGUAGUUUCACCUCUUCGUCAGCCAAGAAAACAAAGCUAUUGAUCGAAGAUGGCCGAGACAAAACUGUGUGUGUGUGUGGAUAUGCUUAUAUAGGAUAUACACAUACAUGCAUAAUUCAUAUUGUGUAACUAUUGAUAACAAUGGCAAGUUUUUUUUGUCCUCAUUCAGAAAAAAAUGCUAUUUUACAAGAGAACAAAAUAUCUUAGACGUGUACAAUAUAUUUGAUGUUUGUAUGCUUACAAAAGGCUGGAAGACGGGAACAAAGUCAGUUUAGACAAAUUCACUGUACUGUAACUUAUUUUAUAGUGUGCUUUCCUUGAAGGAAAAAACUUCCCGCUUUAAUGCAUAUUUUUAAGGCUUAAAACAAAUAGCACUUCAGUGUUCUGACAUACAGUGGAAUGGAACAUUUGGCUGAUUUUGUUCCUGUUACCUGAUUCUGAAAAGUUAUUUACAUCAAAAUUUGUCACUUUUUUUAAUCCACUUUUAUUAUGUGUCAUUCUUCUUUGUUAUUAUUAUUAAUAUUAAUUAUUACUUGUACUUUACAAUAUAAAUAUAUAUGAAAAGGUGUAUUCAGAACUUUUAUUAAAUGUCUGUAAUGCGGUAACAUCUUCAGUGUUUGUCACUGUUGUGAAGAUCACCCAUUAAAUGGUCAAAGCAGU